UGCAUUAUCGUCCAAAAUAUUUAGAAACGCUUCUUUGACUUUACAUAAUUCAAAGGAACAUUUUUUAUUUUAUAAAAGGAAGAAAGAUAAUAUUAUUUUAUUAUUGUUGUGUAUACGUGACCAUUUAGUUCUAACUUAAACACUCGAACCAGAGAUGGAAGAAAGACAUAUCGACGACAUUCAAACGCUGACGAUAGAUGAACAUUUUAAAUUAUUGAUAAAUGAUAAUGACAUAAUUAACUCAAAUUUCGUCGAUAUAACGUCCAACAAUCUUCCAAAUUGGUAUAAUGAAAAAUUAUUUAAAGAAGCUCAAAACUAUUACAAGCGAAACAUAAUGUUAAUGAUACAAGCCAGUUUCGCCGGACUUCUUGCAAUAAUAGUAGUCCCAGAAACAUUAAAGGUACUCAUAUACACGCAAAAAAGCAAUAUGCCUUGCGUGACUUUCAGCAGAUAUACUCAAACUUUGUUGCACAUGUACAAGCUGUAUACAUGUGAUCUAAACGACGCAAACUCCGACAUGUACAAGACAUUAAACGUAAUUCAUCGGAAACAUAAGAUGAGUAGCAAGAGAUCAGAGAAUGCUGGUAUCGGAGGAAUUUAUCAACGAGAUAUGGCAAUCACACAAUUUGCUUUUAUAGGAUAUGUAUUAAUCGCUCCAAAAUCCAUCGGUUUGUGCAUUAAGCCGCAAGAAGAAGAAGCACUUAAUCAUUUCUGGCGUGUGAUGGGUCAUAUGUUGGAAAUUCCCGAUCGAUUAAAUUUAUGUCGCAAAACUGCAGCAGAAACUCGUGAAUUAUGUCAAAAGGUAGCCAAUAUUUUAACAGAAUAUUUGAAUAAUGCUCCAAUGGAAUUCUAUCAUAUAACAUCAGCCAUAUUAGAUGGAUUGUGGUACUUUGACGUAACUUUAGAUAAACAUGCUUUUCUAAAAUUUACCUAUGAGCUGCAUGGUAUAAAAUAUAAUAAACCACUUGGAUGGUAUAGUCGACUCAAUGCAAAAUAUCGCGAUUUUAUAUUUUAUCUUUGUCUUGUACCUUAUAUUGGAGUAAUAGUAAAAAUUUAUUAUAAAUACGUGCUUUUAUUUACGUUGUUGCUUGCGAAGAAAUGGCCUGUAUUAGCAUGGUUGUCAUUUGGAAAAAAAGAUUCUCAUAUAAAACUGUAUUAA